AUGUCGAGUCGGGGGUUGGCCCUGUCGCGAAUGGCGGCGGCGGUGGCGGUGUGGAUGGGGCUUGCGGGCGUGCUGGCGGGGCUGGUGGCGUGGAGGGUGCAGAAGGGCUUCGACGACAAUCGCAAGGCGGAGCUCGACACCUGGUGCGCCGGUCGCGCGCGCUCGCUGCAGCAGCAGUUCAUGCUCACCGCCGACCACGUGCAGGUACACGCCCCACCACGUGCAGCGGCCCCCAAGCGCCCCCCAUGCGCCCCCCAUGCGUCCCCCAUGCGCCCCCCAUGCGUCCCCCAUGCGUCCCCCAUGCGUCCCCCAUGCGCCCCCCAUGCGUCCCCCAUGCGCCCCCCAUGCGUCCCCCAUGCGCCCCCCAUGCGUCCCCCAUGCGUCCCCCAUGCGUCCCCCAUGCGCCCCCCAUGCACCUCCCAUGCACCCCCCAUGCACCCCCAUGCACCCCCCAUGCACCCCCCAUGCACUCCCCAUGCACUCCCCAUGCACUCCCCAUGCACUCCCCAUGCACUCCCCAUGCACUCCCCAUGCACCCCCCAUGCGUCCCCAUGCACUCCCCCAUGCGAACCCCGAUGCGCCCAUCAGGUGCUGGCGGGGCUGGCGACAGUGUUUGGCGGCGUGCGGCAGAACCCCUGGGCGGUGGGCAGCUGUCUCACGCAGCGCCGCUUCGUGCGCUUUGUGGAGCGCAUGGUGGCGGCGCAGCCCUGGGUGCACGCCGUGGCUUACAUGACGCUCAUCAACGGCUCACACAGGGCGUUGUUUGAGCGGGCGGCGCAGUGCAAGCUGUUGGACAUUCUCGGCAAGCCGGCCCUGGAGGCGGAUUGGUACAUGAACUCGCGCGUGUGGUUCCAGGAGAACCCCUUGCUGCCGCUGCUGGAGGUGGGCUCUGUGUGCAUCAACGUGCGCACACACCCCUCGUACGGCCCGCAGCUCGCGCGCAUGCACGACCUGGCAGUGAACCUGCUCAGCAUGCCCUACGUGCUUGACAAUGGGGAGGCUGGCAUGGGGGCGUGUGUGAGUGGUAUGGGUGAGUCGAAGUGCUGUUGCUCCUUCUUCCUCCCCCAGUCGCUACCUUCUCUCCCUGCCAUUCCCCAUUCUUCCAUAGCCACCCUCUUCAUCUCUCACUCACUCAUCCUCUACAUCUGUACCGUACCCCUCCCCCGUCCCCUCCCCCGUCCCCUCCCCCGUCCCCUCCCCCGUCCCCUCCCCCGUCCCCUCCCCCGUCCCCUCCUCCGUCCCCUCCCCCGUCCCCUCCCCCGUCCCCUCCGCCCCAUUGUGCGGCCAGGCAUGGGAUUCCCAAUCUUCAGGGACGGCGUGACAACGUCGUCGCCGCUGGAGGAGAGGCGGGCGGCGUUGAUCGGCCUCAUUGCGGCGUCCAUCGAUUUCAAGAGCCUCGCCGCCUUCAUCAUUAACGAAUACUCCCUCGAGGUCUAUGAUGUCACCUCCAGUGACCGCCUCGCUUUUUCCUCACCCUCCUCCUCCUCCUCCUCCUCCUCCUCCUCCUCCUCCUCCUCCUCCUCCUCCUCCUCCUCCUCCUCCUCCUCCUCCUCCUCCUCGUCUUCCUACACCCCGCGCCUGCUGUACGGGGUGGGCGACUUGCCUCAAGGCGACCCCUUGCAAGUGGCCAAGCUCAUUCCACCGUGCAACGAAACGAUGCUGCAGCCACACCGCUACAAGGCCGUGCAGCAAAUCAACCUCACCGACUCGUCACACACCUACCAGCUCUGGUGCCGCUUUGGCGAUGCUGACACGGUCCACAGCUGGACGGCCGUGCUGCUGGCGGUGCUGAUCAUGGUGGUGGCGGCGCUGCUGGCGGCUAUCGGGUUGAGCGUGGCGUGCAACACGCGUGGUGUGCGGGAGAAGGUGGCGGCGCUGGCGAUGCUCAAGGAGAGAACGCAGGCGGCGGAGCGCAACAAGAGUGCCUUCAUCGCCAACACGGCGCAUGAGCUGCGCACCCCCAUCAUCGGCCUCAAGGGCAUGUUGGAGGAGCUGGCGGAGGGGGAGGUGGACUUAGGGCAGAGGGAGGACGUGGGGACGGCGGUGGGCGAGGUGGAACGCAUCGUGGCGCUCAUCAACGUCGUGCUCGACGUCUCCAAGGCCGAGGCCGGCCGCCUCACCAUGGAGACCCUGCCCUUCGAUGUGCGCUCCUGGCUCAGGGACACGCUGCACUCCCACGCCUGCGCCGCCCACGCUCGCAACCUCAAUUUUGCGUGCCGUGUGGAUACGAGUGUGCCCGAGGUGCUGGAGGGGGACUACAUGCGCCUGCAGCAAGUGGUGGACAGCAUUGUGGACAAUGCCAUCAAGUUCACGACCAGCGGAAGCGUGUGUGUGCGGCUGCAGUGCCUUCCCCCCGACACCCACAUCCCCACCCACCUGCUCUCCCUCGGCUGCCUCCUCGCUCAACCCACCCCCGCCUGCUCCUCGCUUUCAGCUGCUGCUGCCAAUAAUGGUGAAGCCACUUCUACUGCUGCCACCACUGCUGCUGUUGCCACUGCUGUCCCCACAGCUGCUGCUGCUGCUGCGCCUGGCGGUGAGCAGGAGCGAGCAGAGAGGGCGUGGAGAGAGCAGGUGGUGCAGCAUGGGUUGGUGCAGCAGGGAGCGGAGCAGCAGGGGGUGGUGGGGGGCGUGGUGGGCGACUGGGCCCUACAGCUGGCGUCGCUCUGCACACGCUUCCUCCCGCGCCCCUCACACCCGCCAGUGGGGGCCAUGGGGCAGGGCGAGGGCCACGAGAGGUGCGAGUGUGACGAGGAGGAGGGAAGGGAGGGGGAGGGGAAGCCGGAGGGGGGGUGGGAAAGGGAGGGGCAAAGGAAGGAAGGGUGGAGUAAUGCAGAGAAUGGGCGCAGGGAAGGUGUGGGGGAUGAGGAAUGGCGGAGAGGUGAAUGGGGGGGUGCAGCAGUGCAGACAGUGCGUGGUGCGGCAGCAGGUGCAUGUGUGCAGCAAGGGCGGGAGGAGGGUGGCGAGAGGGGGAAUGCAGGAAAAAGUGGCGUUUCUUGGAGAAGAGGAGAGGGGGCUUCGCUGAGACAUGGCGAAGAGGAGGACGGGGGUGGUCUUGGUGGUCUUAGAGCCGGGCGAGGUGCUGCUGUGCGUGAGGGGGGUGGCGCUGGCACAUUUGAGGUAGGCAGGGUGGCAAGAGCAGCAGCAUUAGGAGCGGGUGGUGGUGUGGGCUGGUGGAGCGAACCAGUGGGGAGGUGGUGGCGCGGGCGGGGCAGAGAGGAGUGCACAGAGGAGGAGGGGGGGGGUGGCAGGCGGUGUGUGGUGCUGCUGACAUGUGAGGACACGGGGUGUGGCAUCGCAGAGGAGGAGCGGCGCGACGUGUUUCAGGCGUUCAUGCAGGCACACCAGAAAAGACACGCGCAUGGCGGUAGCGGCAUGAGCCUUCACUUGUCACGCCAGCUGGUGUCCCUCUUAGGCGGCAGCAUGGGUCUGAUCAGCACAGAGGGCCUUGGCACCACUCUGCACAUCGCUCUGCCCUUUUAUGUUCCCGCUCCUCCUGCUGCUGCUGCUGCUCAUUCCCCGGCUGCCAGUUCUGCUCCCAGCGUGGGUUAUGGUGCUGGCUGGAAUGCCGUUCCCAUUCCCAGCCCCAUUACCAGAGUGGGCAACAGAAGCUUGAGUGCGAGCGAGAGAGAGCAGGGCUGGGGAGAGGCGGAGGGCACAAGCGUGGUGGAGAGGGCGGGUGAGAAGGUGGUGAGCGCCAAGGAGGCCCUCAAGGAGCUGCUUCAGGGCAUGGCCAUCCUGGUGGUGGACGACAACGUGAUCAACCGUUCUCAGCCCCUCUGCACCCCUCCCUGUACCCCCUCUCUCCACCAGGUGGUGGACGACAACCUGGUGAACCGGCGGGUGGCAGCGAGCACGCUGGCGCGGUACGGGGCGGAGGUGGCGCUGGCAGAGUCGGGCGAGGCGGCGCUGCGCCUGCUGCAGGCAACCCACUCCUUCCGCCUCGUGCUCAUGGACCUCCUCAUGCCCGGCCUCGAUGGCUUCCAGACCACCGCCCGCCUGCGCGCCUUUGAGGCCAAAGCCCACACCGCCCAAGCGGGGUUGCAAGUGGGACAGGGAGAUUGGCAACAACAGCAGCGCGUUCAUGUGGUGGCCAUGUCAGCAGAUGUGGACUGUGCCGUUGUCGCCCGUGCCACUGAGGCUGGCAUGGAUGGCGCUGUGCAGAAGCCACUCAGUGAGAGAGUUCUACUGCAGGUGCUCUCAACACUUAACGGUUUGUAA